AUGGAUUGGCAAGGGCAAAAGCUAGCUGAGCAGCUGAUGCAACUGCUAUUGGUAUUUUUCGCAGUAGCUGCCUUUAUUACGGGAUAUGUUCUGGGGUCCUUUCAGACCAUGAUGCUCAUUUAUGCAGCUGGAGUUGCAUUAACUUCGGUUACUACUAUUCCUAACUGGCCAUUUUUCAAUCGUCACCCUCUCCAUUGGUUGGACCCAAAAGAAAAGGCUGAAUAUUUGGGCAUUUGGGGCUGGCCCUCUAUCGACAAUAAUGAUUCGUUUGCAAGCGGUGCUGUUAUAGAUGUUGAGGACGACCAGAAGGAUUCGAAGGUGGUUUCUGGAGGUCAACAAAAUGAAAGUCUGGCUGAUACUUUUCUGCAACAGCACAUCCCUUUACAUUUCGUGGAGGUGACGGUUGGUGGAGUCACCCUGGUGACUCUAUGUCGGAUGAGACCAUGGAUGAUGUUCUCUUCGGGAGCUCUGCCUCUGCCACAGAGUUUGUGGAGGAACUCGAUGGCCAAUUCUCCGGGAUGCCGACCGCAAAACAUUUGUUGUUGA